AUGGUAUCUACCCCUAUUGCCUGGGCCACUAACGCCAAGUCUUCCAAGAUUCGUCAAGAAAGCGAGACGGAAAAGAAGGAACGUGAGCGUGCCGCACGGGAACACAACAACCUUACGAGAUGCCGCCUCAUCACCCUCCCGGCAGAGAUCCGCAAUGCCAUCUGGGAGAACUCCGCGAACCCGAUGAGGUGGUGGGAUGUCAGUGCGGACAACUUAGUCCAUCCCAGAGCAUUGCUCGAACCUGCCGCGCUUGACUUCGAGAAGUCGAACCAUUCGUCUACACCAACCAUUUCGUGA